AUGUCUGCCGAAUCGGCAACAGGUGGCUGCUCAAUGGACGCCAAGAAUAUUGUCCCAGACGCUGCCGUGGAAGCAGAGUCGUACGAGGACUCCAGCCGCACCGAAUAUCGACUCCCUACGGAGAUAUGGAUGCAGAUCUUCGAUAUCUUGACCUUCGUGCCAGGUUGGAUGGACGCGGACAGUCCAGAUCCAUUCGCUGCAGGUCACAAGGACCCCUGGCGCGAGGACCCUAUACCUGAUCUACGAUGGGCGUGCGCCGCUGUACGAGUAUGCCAGGUAUGGAGAGCCGUCGCUACUCCAUUUCUGUAUCGGUAUGUCGUUAUUCGUAAUGGCCGCAGCAUCACCUGCCUCCAUCGCACCUUGCUGGAGGGAUCCACCUGUAACAAUGUCGCGUUGCGCUCGUACAUCCGCCGCCUUGACUUGCGUGGGGGCCUGCGUCAUACCCGGGAGAUUUUCUUCGCUGCCAUCCUAAAGCUUGUUCGGGAAACCCUACAGAUCCUUUCGUUCGCUGAGUAUCCCGCCUUUUGUGAUUAUUCUGCAUAUCUCCACCCGACUACUGGCAAGCGAGCCUCUCGUCCCAAACCAUGGCAGUCCCUUCGAGUGCUUAAGAUCCUUUCUUCCCCGAGGCGCCCAUUGUAUGCUCCCUUGAUGCAUUUCCUUACCAGUACUCCCCGCUUGCGCCACUUGCAUAUCGGACCGCUGCUUGAGUCACAUACAACAGUGGCGGGCGAUACACCCCCGCCACAACCAGAGGCCGUCAUUCUCCCGGAAUUACUCUCUCUCAGGCUCCCCACGCCCCAUUCGAUCGAUUUCCCGAUGCUCGACCACACCCAUCUCCCGUCUCUCCAUAAGCUGGAAGUCGACAUCAAUCUCCCUUCACCAUCCUUGCCCGUGCCAUUGCGGUCUACUGAGCAUGGUCUCGGGCGGACAUUGACAACCAUUGUUGCGCACAUAAACUUCACUUUGACACCAGAAUUCACGGAAAUGCUGUGCGAAUCGUGUCCGCUGCUGACACGCCUCGCUAUCUUUCUACGAUCGUGGUCAGGCCUCCAAGCUAGUCUGCACCUCCCAAGGAUCACCCACCUUGCAAUCGGAGCUUCAAAGCCCAGCGGGGAUAGAUGUCUGUGGCUUCUUCAAAUUUUGCCAACUAUUGUAGCACCUGCUUUGCAGGUAGUGCGAUUAAUAUCAGUAGGAAGGCGCUGGAUCGGCGAUUACCAUCGGGCGGAGCCUACUGUGCGCGACUACCUCGACUUUCGGACUGAUCUUCGAGACAACAUACGUUCUUGUUCAUUCCGAUUCGAGGAUGACUACGGAAGUCUGGUAUGA